AAAAAGUACGAUUUUCGAGCAGGCGGUCAACCGACGCAACAAUCAUGGCGACGGUACUCCCCCCGCCCUCGAAGCGCCAAAAGCGCGAGACGCUCGAGAAGACCCAGACCCAGCAAGAUGUCACAGCAAUGGCCCCGGGCCUCGAGGGCUCCUUCAAGGCCCGCUUCGUCAACGGCGACGGACAGCAGCUGGCUGAAGUGAUUGAGGUGCCCCUCGCCGACGCCUCUGAGAAGAACUUGACUCUCCUCCUCAACACCUUGCAAGGAAAGGACAGAGAAGACUUCCUCCCGUACAAGUUCCGAAUCCACAUCCCCGACACAGACAUCAUCGUCGACCAAUACCCCACCAACCUCCUCGAGCUCCUCCGCAGCCAUGGCGUCGCAAAUCCCUUUGAAACAACAGUCACCCUCAGUGCCGAGCCCCAGGCCGUAUUCAAGGUGCAAGCCGUCACCCGUAUGGCCCACCGCAUCCCAGGCCACGGCGAAGCCAUCCUUUCAGCCCAGUUCUCACCCGAGACCAGCAAGAGGUUAGCAACGGGCGGAGGUGACAAGACGGCGCGCAUAUGGGACACUGAGACAGGCACCCCGAAGUUCACACUCUCGGGCCACACUGGUUGGGUGCUCUGCGUGGCGUGGUCCGCCGACGGUCGCCGCCUUGCAACGGGCAGCAUGGACAAGACGGUCCGCCUCUGGGAUCCGGAUAAAGGCGUCGCCGUCGGUCAACCCCUGGCAGGCCAUGCGAAAUGGGUCACCGGCAUCGCCUGGGAACCCUACCACCUCUGGCGCGACGGCACUCCUCGCCUGGCAUCCGCCAGCAAGGACGCAACGGUGCGCAUCUGGGUCGUCAACACGGGGCGGACAGAGCAUGUCCUCUCGGGCCACAAGAGCAGCGUCAGCUGCGUGAAAUGGGGCGGCACCGGGCUCGUCUACACGGGUAGUCACGACAAGACGGUCAAGGUCUGGGACUCAGUCAAGGGCACCCUCGUACACACGCUCUCCUCGCACGCUCACUGGGUAAACCACCUCGCUCUGUCUUCCGACUUUGCCCUGAGAACGAGCUUCUACGACCACACGCCCACUCCGGACACUGAAGAGGCGCGCCGCGCAAAGGCAAAGGAGCGCUUCGAGAAGGCCGCCAAAAUCCAGGGCAAGGUAGCCGAGCGCAUCGUCUCGGCCAGCGACGACUUCACAAUGUACCUCUGGGACCCGUCGCAGGGCACGAAGCCCGUGGCGCGCAUGCUGGGUCACCAGAAGCAGGUCAACCACGUCACCUUCUCCCCUGACGGCACCCUCAUCGCCAGCGCAGGCUGGGACAACCAUACCAAGCUCUGGAGCGCGAGGGACGGCAAGUUCAUCAACACCCUUCGCGGACACGUUGCGCCCGUGUACCAGUGCGCCUUCUCCGCCGACUCGCGGUUGCUCGUGACCUGCUCAAAAGAUACCACGCUCAAGGUGUGGUCUAUGGCGACGCACAAGCUGGCUUCAGACCUGCCGGGGCACCAGGACGAGGUGUAUGCCGUCGACUGGAGUCCCAGGGAUGGGCAGCGUGUGGGCAGUGGUGGAAAGGACAAGGCUGUGAGGUUGUGGUGUCACUGAGGGAGAAGUACCGCGCGCUUCCGUUGCGCGAGGUGGGCAGUUGCUGCAAUGCGUGGUCUUGCGCAUAUGAUGGAUGGGAUUUUUUGGCAACUAGAAUACGGAUACACAAAAGAGAAUAUACCCCUUUGUUCCCAAGUUGUGUACUCCUUGCAUGUGCCUUUCUUUGGCUUGAACUACACCUUGAACCGCCGAGUUCGAUGUCGGCGAAGUGUGCCGUUGGGGACGUACGUAUUCGCAUCGAUCUGAUAUGAACUCUACC